GGGGCGGCCUCGUCCGCGGUCGGGCCGGGGGCAGCUGGCGUGGCUCGGGUCUCCUGCGGGAGGGACCUGAGCUGCGUCCCAGAAGUGGCGGGCACCCUGGGGGCGGUUGCUAGACAAGGAUUUGAUUUUCUCUGCAUGCCUAUUUUCCAUCCCCGAUACAAGAGAGAGUUUUUCCAUGAGCCGGCUAAAAACCGACCAGGACCGCAGACUCGCUCUGACCUGUUACUCUCAGGGAGAGACUGGAACACGCUGAUUGUGGGCAAACUGUCUCCAUGGAUCCGGGCAGAUUCCAAAGUGGAGAAAGUUCGUAGGAAUUCGGAGGCGGCCAUGCUGGAGGAGCUGAAUUUUGGGGCAUAUUUAGGGCUCCCAGCAUUCCUCCUUCCCUUGACACAGGCAGACAACCCCAACCUGGCACGUGUUCUGUGUAAUCAUAUCAAUACCGGCCAUCACACUUCCAUGUUCUGGAUGCGGGUCCCGCUGUUGGCCCCAGAAGACUUGAGGGACGAUGUGAUUGAAAACGAGGCUGUGCAGGGAGUGGAGGAUGAGUGCACAGGCGAGGAGAAGACCUGGCAGUGGUGGCAUAACUUCCGAACAUUGUGCGAUUACAACAAGCGUGUUGCCGUGGCACUGGAGGUGGGCCCAGACUUGCCAUCCAAUCAUGUCAUUGACCGCUGGUUGGGUGAGCCAAUCAAAGCGGCCAUUCUACCCACCAGCAUCUUCUUGACCAAUAAGAAAGGCUUCCCUGUUCUCUCCAAAAUGCAUCAGCGCCUGGUCUUUCGCCUCCUUAAACUUGAGGUACAGUUCAUCAUCACAGGAGCCCACCACCAUCCAGAGAAGGAAUUCUGCUCAUACUUGCAAUACUUGGAGUAUCUUAGCCAGAAUCGCCCACCUCCUUCUGCUUAUGAGCUUUUUGCAAAAGGCUAUGAAGACUACCUCCAGUCUCCAUUGCAGCCCUUGAUGGACAACUUGGAAUCCCAGACCUAUGAAGUCUUUGAGAAGGACCCUAUCAAAUACUCCCAGUACCAACAGGCUAUAUACAAGUGCCUCUUAGACCGUGUUCCUGAUGAGGAGAAAGAGACCAAUGUCCAGGUGGUGAUGGUGUUGGGGGCAGGGAGGGGUCCUCUAGUAAAUGCCUCCCUCCGAGCUGCUCGCCAGGCCAACCGGCACAUCAAGAUUUACGCCGUGGAGAAGAACCCCAAUGCUGUGGUGACGUUGGAGAGCUGGCAGUAUGAGGAAUGGGGUUCCCAGGUGACAGUGGUCUCCUGUGACAUGCGGGAAUGGGAGGCUCCAGAGAAAGCGGAUCUCAUGGUGUCAGAACUCCUGGGCUCCUUCGCUGACAAUGAACUAUCCCCAGAGUGUCUGGACGGGGCAGAACAUUGCCUCAAAGAGGGAGGGGUGAGCAUCCCCUGUGACUAUACGUCCUUCUUGGGCCCAAUCUCAUCCUCCAAGCUCUACAACGAAGUGCGGGCCUGUCGCGAGAAAGAUCGUGACCCCGAGGCUCAGUUUGAAAUGCCGUAUGUUGUUCGCCUUCACAACUUCCACCAGCUAGCACCCCCAAAAGCCUGUUUCUCCUUCAAACAUCCCAAUCCAGACCCUCUCAAAGACAACAACCGUUACCAAACACUAGAAUUCCAGGUGGAUGUGAAUACAGUGCUUCACGGUUUUGCAGGCUAUUUUGAGACCACUCUAUAUGGAGAUAUUACACUUAGUAUUCGGCCCGAGACUCACUCACCUGGCAUGUUUUCAUGGUUCCCUAUUUUCUUCCCCAUCAAGCAACCCAUGAGUGUGCAGGCAGGGGAGAAGAUCCGAGUGGCCUUCUGGCGUUGCAGCAACUCCAAGAAAGUGUGGUACGAGUGGGCGGUUGUUUCCCCAGUGUGUUCUGUCAUCCACAACCCCACAGGACGCUCCUACACUAUUGGAUUGUGAGCAGGAGUUCAUGCUGUUCCCCCUUGCUCUGCACUGAGACACGAGGAAGCCUCUUCUGCUUUGCACUCGUACAAGAGAGACUGAUUUUUCUACGCAGGGGCAUAAGGUCUUCAACGCUUGCUGGCUGCAGGUCGGAGCAAAGUCCUUGGCUUGGCUUCUUCCUCCUGCCUCGAUCAUGUUUUUCGGUCAGUGAAAUUUCAAUAAAGUUGCUGAAAUGUG